AUGUAAAGAGGAAGGAAGUCUGUUCUAUUUAAACCACCUGCUUUCUGUCUCUUGCUUAAGCUCUUAACCGCAGAGGAUUGUCACAGUUCAAGACAACUUCUUUCUGUGUCGUAGUAAGUGACUAAUACAUGUCUUGUGUACAUUCAUUACUUUUUUGUCACUGAGGCCACACAGAGAUGAGAGGAGUUACGAGUUUAACAUCAGCAGGACUCAGUGCAUUUGUUGUCUUCCUUCUCUACUGGCCAGUGGUACAAGGUAAAAAUGACUGGGGAGUGACUUACACUCCUACUGAGAUCUGUGCAGUAAAAGGAUCAACAGUGGAAAUGAGCUGCACAUACACAUACCCAAGAACAAAACCUGCUAAUAUAGUACAAAGAUUAUGGUUUGCUAGAGUACGCUAUAGUGAACCCAUGGAUCUGAUAACAGACUCAGAAUAUGCAGGUCGUGUGAAGUACAUCUGUGGGGACAACAACUGCACUCUGAGAAUCUCAGACGUGAGAGAGAGCGACUCAGCUGAGUACAAGUUCAGAUUCACAACAAACCUACAUGACUGGAAAUAUACUGGUUCACCUGGAGUCACUUUGUCUGUCACAGAUGUACAGGUGAAGGUGACUGAAUCAAUAACCCAUCAGGGUUUUUCUAGGGCAAAGCUGAAGUGUCACAGCAGUUGUCGCCUACCUGACAGUUUUUCUUACAUCUGGUACAAGAGUGAACAGAAAAUUCAAGAAGAAACAGCUUCAUAUUCAGGGCCCGUUCAUCCUGCAGACAGCUAUUCCUGUGCUGUCAGAGGACAUGAGGAUUUCCCCCCGUAUUCAAUAUGUGUUGGUGGUCGAUCCUGUAACAGUGUGGCGUACUCUCACAGAAGCAUAUGUGCUUUCAAAGGCUCAUCAGUGAAAAUGUAUUGUAUGUACAACAGUUAUGAACCUAUCACAUCAAAAUUCUGGUUCAGUCCUGAACAUAGUGAUCAGUGGCAAAGCCCGUCACAGCCUGAGGACCUUAGUGAAGACUCCACGUAUGCAGGUCGGGUUCAGGUCGAUGCGUGGGUAAAAUACUCCACUCUGAUCAUCAGUGACCUGAGAGAGAGUGAUUCAGCUCAGUAUCGCUUCAAAUUCAAAACAUCAAGCUUUGAAUGGAGGAGUAUUUUACCUGGUACAACUCUGACUGUCACAGAGCCGGAUCUGCAGGUGCUGGUUGUGAGACCUUCACGUUCUUCCUGGGCAGAAUUGAACUGUCACAGCAGAUGUCAUGUACCUUAUCAUUCUUCCUACGUAUGGUACAAGAAUGGACAGAUGGUUAAUAAAAAAUCAUCAUAUUAUUCAGUUUACUUUUCUCCUGUAGACAGCUAUUCCUGUGCUGUCAGUGGACACGAGGAUUUCCCGUCCCCUUCAGUGUGUGUCGAUGGUCAAAACUGCAACAGAGUCACGUACACUGACAGAAGCAUCUGUGCCUCCAAAGGUUCAUCAGUGGACAUUUCUUGCACGUACAACAGUUACAAAGAUCAUGUUGAAUCAAAAUUCUGGUUCAGUCCUGAACGUAGUGAUCAGUGGCAGAGCCCGUCACAGCCUGAGGACCUUAGUGAAGACUCCCUGUAUGCAGGUCGUGUUCAGGUCCUUGAAACAGAGAGAGGACGCUCCACUCUGAGAAUCAGAGACCUGAGAGAGAGUGAUUCAGCUCAGUAUCACUUCAAAUUCAAAACACCAUGGUUUGAAUGGAGGAGUAUUUUACCUGGCACAACUCUGACUGUCACAGUUCUUCAGGUGCAGGUGACCAGAGUGACAGCCUACCAAUCUUAUAUCUAUGCAGAGCUGAGGUGUCACAAUAGCUGUGGUUCAGCAGGUCGUCCUUCCUACGUCUGGUUCAAGAAUGGACAGAAAAUCAUGAAGGAGGAAAAUUCUUUUUAUAAAGGACAAAUUUAUGAUGGAGACUUCAUCUCUUGUGCUUUGAAAGGACAUGAGAAUUACAGCUCUCCCUCAGUGUGUGAGUUUACUCGUGGGUAAAAUUUCUGUCCAGCAAAACAAUAUGAGAUGCUCCAAAGGUUCCCUCUGUGUUACUGAGUCCUCCUGGUGAAAUCAUGGAGAACAGUUCAGUGACUCUGACCUGUAGCAGCGAUGCUUACUCAGCAGUUCAUUAUACCUGGUACAAGAAGAAUGGAGAUCCAGACC